AGCUCGAGAUCAAAGUGAGGUGUAGGAACGAAGGUACAAGGACACGAAAUGCACGAGUGAAAGCUUGAGGAGACGUUCCUGGAUUCUGCUGGUGAUGUCAUUGUGUGCGCUGCGUGCGGACCUCGUGUUUCGAAACGGCGUGCACGGACCGCGAUCACGCUAUGUGUGAACCUUACGAACCACAGUCAGUAGGCCGAGUAGGGAUGGCGAGCACGAGACCACCUCCUUGUGAACGACGGAAAUCUUGUAAUGGACAGCACACGACCAGAGACACGCCCUUCGGCAUUCUGGACUCUUCCACUGGAGAUUCGUGAACUCAUCUACAACUUCCAUCUCCAAAGCACGCCUCAUCUCGACCGCGGCAGUCCCCCUUCCGAACCACCCCUCACCCUCGCAUGCAAACAGAUUCGUCGCGAGGCAUUGCCUCUCUACUACUCCGCCUACAAACUCCACGUCCAGACAUUCAUUCGAUCCUCCUAUCACCGGCAGAUCUGGCUUCGCACGGAGCACUGGUACCACGGCAUUGCGCCCGCGAAGUUCAAGCAGAUUCGACACUUUCAGUUGAACUUUGCUCUGAUAGAUCCAUACACUGGUGAACGGGUGCCCGUGGAAUUUCACGUCGACUUGCCCAAGCGAGACGGUUGUUUUACCAUUCGUCAAUCGUUUGCGCGAAGUUGGAUUCGGAAUCCACAUCGCAUUGGCGAUCCGGCGGAUUUCGACGACUUGAUAGUAGUGCUGCGGGAUCACUUGGACGGCGUGCUGUCGACCAUAAGCAAACAGGGGAGAAUAGUGGAGGGUUUGUCGGCGGAAGAUGUUGAUCGACUGGUCAAAAUCGAUCCAGACUCCUUGCCGCUGUUCACUCAAAUUCAAUCGUAGCCGGCGGCUUGCUUGUGACUGAUGGGUAUGU